AUGUUCUUGAGAGGUAUAUCGGGUGGUGAGAGGAAGAGGGUUAGUAUAGGACAAGAGAUUCUGAUAAACCCUAGUUUGCUUUUCCUCGAUGAGCCGACAUCUGGGCUUGAUUCAACUACGGCUCAGAGGAUCGUGUCGGUGCUGUGGGAAUUGGCUCAAGGAGGGAGAACGGUCGUGAUGACGAUACAUCAGCCUUCUAGUAGGUUGUUCUACAUGUUUGAUAAGAUUUUGCUUCUGUCCGAAGGCAAUCCUUUGUAUUAUGGUCGUGGAUCUAACGUUAUGGAUUACUUUGCGAGCGUUGGAUACUCUCCUUCAUUGGCCAUGAAUCCUUCGGAUUUUCUGUUGGACAUUGCGAACGGUGUGGCGUCCGAUGAAUCCAUGAAACAAGAUGACAUUAAAGAGGCUUUGGUUGGAGCCUACAAGACGAAUCUCGUGGACAAUUUGCAGGCGGAGAUCCGAGAACAUGGCGAUCAGGUCAACUCAUCUGACUCUCGUGACAGAAACAAGAAUGUCGGGGAUUGGCCGACGACGUGGUGGCAACAGUUUUGUGUUCUGUUGGAGAGAGGCCUCAAAGAGAGACGGCACGAUUCUUUCUCCGGACUCAAGGUCGGUCAGAUCCUUGUCGUGGCUUUUCUUUGUGGUCUCCUCUGGUGGAAAUCCGACAUCUCUCACUUGCAAGAUCAGAUAGGGCUUUUGUUCUGA